AUGAGCACUCAAGUUGAAAGUUCCCCCUCAAAUAAUAGUCAAUUACAACAAGAUACUAAAUCAGAAGAACAAAUGUCUAUUUACUCUGAUAAUUCACCAACUACACCAGCACCUUUUUGGUCUGAAGAAGAACAAUCAUUAUUAGAUGAAAAUAUUAAAAAAUUAGAAAUUACUGAAGAUAAUUUAAAAUCUAUUUUUCAAAUAUCAAUGCUUUUUCCAAAUAAAACUAUUCAACAAUUGACAAUGCGUGUUCAUUGGUUACAAAUAAAAGAAACAAUUUCUUGGGAAAAUUAUUGGAAAACUUUCCAAAGAAAAGAACAACAAACUCCUUUACAAUCUCCUAAAGAUUCUAAUCAUUCUUCUCCUCGUUAUAAAAUGGAAAAAUUAAGAAAUAGAAAAUCUUGUCAAUUUAUUCCUAAAAAAUUAUCUGAAGACCAACAACGUAGAAAAAGAAAAUCAGUUCCUAAUGGUUUAGAUGAUUCUUCUCCUAUUUCUUCACCUGAUCUCUUAAAAGUACAAUCUAAAUAUCAACCUCUUAAUCAUCAAAAUCAAACUGAUUCUACUCAAUCAGAUCCUUUAACACAAAUACCAGGAUUAAUUCAAUUUAAAGGACCAAUGAAUUUAAAACACAAUAGAGGUUCAGCUCGUUUUAUGCAAUUAUCUUCAUUACAAGAAAGAAAUGAAUUAAAUUCUUUUCAAUAUCAACAACAAUCUUCUAAUGAACAAAUAAAAAGAAGGCCUGGUAUUAUCAGUGUAAUGCAAACUAGUUCUCAACAAAAUAAUAUACCUUUUACUUCAAUUCAACAAUCUAAAAUUAUUAAUUCAUCCCAAAUACAACAACCAAUAAGAUCAAUUAAUCAAAAUCCAAUAACAACAACACAUAUGACUCGCCAUCAAUCAUUACCACAAACAUUACAACCACAAGGUCUUAUUAAUCAUUCAAUUCCUAUAAAUUCAUUACAACUUAAUGUAUGUAAUCAAUCACAAUAUAUUAUAAAUCAAAUAGAUAAUAUAUUAAAAGAAAAUGAAUCAAUAUUAAAAUAUAUUCAAGAAAGUAUUCAACUUAAUAUAGCUUUAGAUCCAAAUUAUAUUAAUGCUUUUAGUAAAAAUUUACAAUCAUUACUUUUUCUAACAGAUGAAUUAGCUAAACCAUCUUCUCUUCCAUUUUUAAAGUUAGUUCUUUCUAUUCCACCAUCACUUGCACAACAAAUAAAUCAAUUACAAACAGAUUCAUAUUUACAAUAA